UAAUUUUGCGUGUGCAGUCUUGAAAUCAACCUGCCAGCUUCAAGCUGUUGGAAAAAUGUCACCGCAAAAUGGAAUUUACACCUCGCCGAUACACUUUGAUCCAUCCACAAUUGAAAAUUGCUUAGUGUCUGAUUUCAUUUUCAAAAUCAUCCGAAAAAAUAGAGAUCAGCUGAAGGACAAGGAAUGGAUGAUCGACGCCAAUACGGGUGCUAAAGUCUUGUUCAAAGACGUUGAGGUGGACUCGAAAAGGAUUGCAAGUGGUUUGGCGCGACUCGGUUUUAAAAAGCAAGACGUACUUUUCUAUGUGACCUACGAGACUGCCGUUUUGUACCUGGUGCACGUCGGAGUGUGGAGCUUGAAUGGUGCUGUUCGAGGGUGCUACCAGAAAGAGUCUAUUGAGGAAUAUGCUCGUCAGAUAAUAGAAACAAAGGCAAAUUUCGUGUUGGUUGACGAAAAGACGGCAGACAUCCUUGCUCAGGCUAUUAAACUUGUAGACUGGCCAAUAAAAGUGAUAACGUUUGGCGACGUGGAUUUGCCUGGAUCAUCUUCAGUAAAAACACUACUGGAAGAUGAUGGCUCUGCUUAUCCUGCAAAAGUUGAAUUUGACUGGAAAGAAGACGUGGCGUGCAUCCCAAAUAGUAGCGGAAGCACAGGCCUACCAAAAGGCGCUUUACACACACAUUUCAAUUUGAUUUUAACGACUUCGCUGUUUCCCGGGAUUAAGGAAUUCUCGUUGACGUUCAUGACCCCCAUGUCAAAUCACGCCGUGGGGUGCCACAUUUUUGCUGUGCACAGCGUAGUGCACGGAUGCACCCUAAUACAUUUGGGCACAUUUGAAAAGGAAAAGUACUUUGACUACAUUGAAAAAUUUAAGCCUGAAAAUGUUCUCAUGUAUCCGUUUGUUGCAACCUGGUUUGCGAGGAGCGACAAACUGAAUUCGAGCGACCUCAGUUGCAUCAAAGUCAUCAGUGUCGCUGGAUCUGUUCUGGACCCGACCACUGCUGAAUUGUUGGCCGCAAAAUUGCCUCAAAUAAAAUUUAACCAGGUGUAUGGAAUGACGGAAUUACUGAAUAUUACAUGCACAUUGAUUGGCGAGGAAACCGACGAAGAGAACAAAUGCAGAAAAAUUGUGUGCAUCGAAAACGGAGAUGAACUGUGCGUUUCUUCAGGGAAAAUCGCUCCCACAGUGCAAGUAAAAAUCGUAGACGUAUCUUCCGGCGAGUGCCUUGGACCUUGCAAAAGAGGCCAAAUUCUUGUCAAGUCACUCACUACAAUGAAAGGGUACUUGACUAAUAAUUCCGACUCGCCAUCGCAGUCAGCAAUUGAUGCUGAUGGCUGGCUUCACACUGGCGAUAUCGGCUUUUUUGAUGACAAGGGAAAUCUUUACAUUAAAGAGCGCGUGAGCAUCUUGUUCAAGUAUUUUAUGUUCAUUGUGUCGCCAACCGAAAUCGAGGUGGUUCUGCAAAAACACCCCGACGUGAUGCAAGUUGGAGUUGUAGGAGUUCCGCAUCCCGAAAGCACCAGCCUUGCAACAGCCUUUGUAGUUCGAAAGCCAGGAGGCAAGUGCACCGAGCAAGAGCUUUGCCAAUAUGUAGCAGAGAAGCUGCCAAGCUACAAGCAUUUGCAUGGCGGAGUCAAAUUUAUUGACAAACUGCCAGAGAGCAGAGGAAAUAAGCUGGACAGAGCAGCGCUGAAGAAUUACGCAAUAGAGGAAUAUAAGUAUAAUGGAAAUUAAUCAAUUCCGGAAUCGGGACGUAUUUAUUUAUACGUAGAAUGAUUUUUAUAUGUAAAAAAAUUAAUGUAAAAUGAAUUUUAUAAGUUCAUUUAUCUUUGUGUUUCUUUUUUAUAUUUUUCAUCUUGAAUAAAAAAAUUAUAAAAUUUAAUAUAUCAUUUAAAAUAAGGAACCAAAAUGCUAUUAAUCAUUUCCUAUCAAUAAGUGUGUAUUUCAAGGGUGAAAUAGGUCCUUGUAGAGCUUUGCUGACAAGUUUUACAUCAGGUUGGUGCCAUUCCAGUUUGAAACUCAAAAGCAUCUGUAAAUAAUUGC